CAAAUGUAAAAGUCUCUGUAUCAGGCUGCGCCCGCAGCAUGAUGUCCUUAACGCGGUGAUGUUGCAAAACGGAACUGCACACAAGAGCGUCUUAUUGCAAAAACCGAAAAUGAAAAACUCGCAGCGGACUACGAAGUAAAACUACAUACAAGGGAAAAACAAUACAAUAAGUAGCAACAACUUUGAGCCCUAGCCUUUUUGAUACUUCGAGGCUGGUAUUCGCGGAAAGUCAGCCGCUCUACUGCGCUUAUUUUUGUUCACUCGUGCUGCACUCGUUCCGAGUCGCCACAAACAAAAGACUGAAGUUUUCUCGCAAGUUCAAAAGCCUGACGCUCACCUCUGAUCCAGCAAAGUUGUCCGAGUCACUUUUUCCAAGUACAAAUAGCAACGCUUAGCACUUGACAUUGACAAAAAAGCAACGCUACUGCUGCUCCUUUAUUUUCGAUGUUGCCGGACGGGCGGGAAAAAAACAAACUGUAUUGCAAAAACAAAUACCAAACGCCGACGCAGCCGAACACCCAACACGAAUACUAAUCGCAAUUACUAUACCAAUACCGACAAACCUUUUUGAAACCGAUGGCGCGCCGCGUGCGACUAGUGUCUGUUACGGGCAAAGUAGAGUAAAGUAGGCACGCGAUAGGAAAAAGAAGAACCCCGUUCAUCACCGUCAACCACCUCUGAGACUAGGCCAUAUCAUAGAAGACAGCGGUUACACAGCAUCCCUUUGCGCGGGACGUCGCAGUGAGUAGGUUUCGUUGCUGGGGAGUCCUCCACCUCGAGAAUGUCGUCGUUCAGCGACACAUUCACGAAGAACCAGGAUGGGCCCGACGACAUCCUGAAUUACGAUAACUCCGCCGCCUACUACUUUGGCGCGACGGUGUUGGCCUGCAUCGUGCUACCCUGGUCCUGGCUGUGGAUUCGACACCUGAUCUGGGGCGCGUCGGUGUCCAGCUUCCCGAAAAAAACCCACAAAUUUUUCUCCGUGCUGCGGUACGUGAACAACAAGGUAUAGUACUAACUUAUGAUUGCGAGGCGACCACCACCACUGAUCAUGUUGAUGUGGUUUUUGCAUCACAAGUUUUUGAAAAGUCGAAAUGGAUGGUUUCGCAUUGCUAGUCGACACGUUGUGUGUUGGCAUGACAACCACGUUAUUCAAAACACGUUAUCUAUAUCAAAAGGUAACGCAACAAAACCUCGAACGGAUCGAGCUGUUUGAAGCGAAGAAGCUGGCAAAAAACCGGAACUGGUAUAGUUAUCGCGUUCUGUUGCUGCUUCCCAAGAGUUUUGUGAUGCGUGAUGCUGUAUGUGCAUGAAGAUAGUUUUCAGUCUGAAGACUACUUUGUGAUGCGAGCUUCGUGCACCACCAGUGAUGAUUCAUGGAUUGUAGCGCACGAAAGUCUCUUAUCUAAGACGUCGAUAUCAUAUAUCAAAAACAUAGGACGAUCGCCAAGCUAAUCACGCUCGGGUUCUGCUGGAUUUUGUGGUUUUACUGCUGCCUGCAGCUCACGGGGGAAGAUGCGUCCAAGGGCAUUCAAACGUUCAACCCGUUCGACAUCCUGGGCAUUGAGCCGGGCGUUGAUGACGCCGCCAUCAAAAAGGCGUACAGGAAAAUGUCGCUGCUUUAUCACCCGGAUAAGAACCCGGACGACCCACUCGCAAGUGCCAAGUUUAUGCAGGUAUAAUUAAUUAUAAGGUGGUAGACGUAGUAGAGGACCACUUCCUCCGCGGUUUGUUCCACCUCUGGCUGGUACUAUACAACCAGCGUUUUCCGGUUCGCCCUGAUGAACUUUUUUUUUGAAAGUCGAGGGCAUGCUUGCUGAAAGAAGGACGAGCUUGACAAUUGAAUUCUCUAUGUUGAUGAAGAGCAUGCACAGCAAAUAAACUGCUCAAGAACUACAUCCAACAAAAAAUAAACUCUCCCCGCGUGAUCAGGUAUCCAAAGCCCACAAGACUUUAACCGACCCGGCGGCGAAGGCCAACUACGAAAAGUACGGCAACCCCGACGGGCCGCAGACGACGAAGGUCGGGAUUGGUCUCCCCCGGUUUCUGCUCGAGAAGAAAAACCAUCUAUUCAUCCUGUUUUUCUUCUUUAUCACCUUUCUGAUCGUCAUCCCGGCGAUCUUCAUCAUGUACUACCAGCGACAAAAGGACUACGCGCCGAACGGCGUGUUCGUGGAAACCCUGCAAUUCAUGGGCCACUACAUAAGCGACCAAACGAGGCUGAAAAACUGCCCGGAGCUGUUGGCCGCCAGUGCGGAGUCACGAAAAAUGGAGACGAGGCCAGAGGACGAGAAGGAGAUGAAGCAGGUUGUGGCAGAGGUAAGUACUUACUUAUUUUUCAAGCGGUUGUGAUGUUAGUAGAGCGUCGCAGCUUUUGAACAUUCGGCCGAGAGCGGCCCGCCCCAUUUUUCAACUGCGCCAAGCGGGUGGAAACUGGGGCGGAAUCACGCUGCCACCCACUGGGUGGGCAAGUUCCCUCAGUCUUGGUCGUCGUUUCGGCCCAAUUUUUGUUGCCUCGCUCUAAAUGUUGACUCGAGCUGCCAUGGGGCGUCGUUAACUUAUGUUUUAGCUCUUCUGCUUUGCAUAUUUUCUUGUGUCGGAUCAUAUUUAGUGCAUGUGCAUCGCCAAGCACCUCCUCAAAGCGGUUUUUACUUCUCGAUCCUCUACUGCUCCUGGUGCUGCAUGGCAAUAAACAAAAAUCUGCAUUAGGUCCAAGAGCACCAGCGUGCGAAGUUUACCAUGCCCAUUAUCGUGCGCAAUACGAACCUCAUAUGGGCACACAUGCAGAGGUUACACCACUUACUUUCCCCCGAAUUGAAGCAGAACUUGGACGAAUUACUCCGACACGUCGACAAAAUCACCACCAGCAUGAUCGAAAUCGCCUGCAUGCGCGAGUGGCUCGCGACGGCGCAGUCGGUCAUCGAGUUUAGAAGGUAUUAAUAAGUCGUACAGCCUGGCACUACCGCCGGCUCUUUCAUCUGAAAAAUACAAAUCAAGUACUAUGAUGUAGUCAUGAAAAAAGCUUUAGUUAAAUCUCCUAUCUACAUCGCCGCACUACCGCACAACAGGUGUAUCAUCCAGGCAUUGGACGUGAAGUCGAAUUCUCUUCUCCAAAUUCCUCACUUCCUACGAAACUGCACAACUCCCCCUCCCCCUCAUCUUUCAUGCAAAACGUGAAAUCCAAAGAACGUGACCUGUACUACCUGUUGCAUCACAAAAACUCGGAAAAAUAAGUUCAAACAGUAUUACAGUCCGCGCAGUAGAAACAAGAACUUGUCAUGCAGAGGCCCCAUCAUGGCUGCUGGCGUUUUUAUUUCUCUUGCUUUUCAUCAUGCAAAACUAAAAAAUGCGGCCCGAGUGGGGAGUUGUUCUUUUCCACCGUCAUACUUCACCGAGGAGAACGUGAAGCACUGCCUGAAGGGAAACAACCCCAUCAAGGAGAUUCUGACCUUUCUCCAACGCGACAAGGAGCUCCGCCGGGGGGUGGCGAAUUUAGAACCCGACCAGCUGCUCGACAUUGACGAGUUUGCCGCCCACUUUACCAUGCCGGACAUAACGGCAACCGCGGUGGUAGAGGGGGAGAAGACGAUCUGCAAGGACGACAUCGCGACAAUAACGGUGAAAAUUGCGCGCACCCAGUUGGAGGAGGGCGAGGCGCUGGGCUACGUGCACGCGCCAUUUUUUCCCGAUUUCAAGAUUGAGGAAUGGUAUCAUUUGUGUUGGUGGCGUUCGCAGCACGUCAGAGUCUUUUUUUUGCAAGGCGUGACAGCGCGCGAGGUUUACUUAUUUCCUCGUCUUUUUGCGAAGUCAGUCGUCUUUCGCAUGACAAAGGGAGAGUGCCUCCCCGCACGACAAAAAAAAAUUGCCGCUUUUCUUCCUUGCUUUCCAUGCAUCACAGAUGAUCUUCUUGCAGGACAAACAACAACCUAUCAGGUACAUCUUCUUGUGCGAGAACAGCAAAAUCAUCUGCUACGAGAAGGUAAGAACACAGGAGAGGAUAAUCAACGAAAAGAUGCGGUUUCACGUCGGCAGAAAAGGAAAGCACAACCUGCAGGUCAUCUGCAUGUGCGACAGCUAUGCGGGGCUUGAUAAGGUACUCGUUUCAUGAUAUUACAGGGAACGAAAAAAUGAAAAUGUUUCUUUGCAGUUGCGCUUUUGGUUUGGCAGUUGCAAAAAUACCACGCGCGGCAUCAAGAUGAUGGUCGCACGAUGCAGAUUCUUAAGCAUGGAAGUAGACCGCCGUGCUGCUCGUUCCGGCCCGUUGGUCAGCUUGCACGAGAUAUAGAAGUCCCGAUGGAUUUAUUUGCGCACGAAGAAGUGUUGCGUGAAAAUAGAUCUGAGCUGGCCAAAGGGGUAAGUUCUUGUAUGGCGCAGGCGCGCAGCAGGAGUGAUUUUAUGUAUGCAAAAAAAAAAAAACAGACCAUCAAAGUCGAAUUCGAUGCGAUUCUACCGGAAGAGGACAAGGAGAGGUCAAUCUAUGUGCACCCAGAAGACGAGAAGCUUGACGACUGCCCCACACUGUUUCAGCAGCUGGUUGGGGAUAUGGGAGCCUAUGACGAGUCGGAAGAUGAGGAGGAGGACGAAGAUAUCCAGAGUAAAAGCGUACUUACGCGGCCAGAGUUGUCCUGCAAAUUCGCGUUGUGCGGGGAGGCAUUGAUUGGUUUUACGCACCUCGUCCCCAUGAGAAAUUCGGGCUUCGGAAUUUGUAAUGCGCAUACAGGAAGAUCAAUGCAUGGUUUUGUAAAUGCGCCUCUAGUUCUUGAUGCUAACUGGUUCUACACUACAAAGAACCGGAGUGUGUCAUGCGCGACUCCCAAAGCUUUGGGAGCAUGAUUUUUAUAGCAGAAAUUGCAUCUGGACGGUGGGUACGUUUUUACACUUGAUAGAACACGACGACGACACUAGUAACAGCAAAUCUUCCCCCGGAGACGGCGACAAGAAAAAGAAUAGUCCGGAAAAGAUAUCAAAAGGAAAAAUCCCCCCUCCCCAUGCUGAAACGGAGAUUUGUGUAGCAUGAUUUGAGACCACAGGCCAGGCUGUCAUGCUAGAAGACAAACGAAGCGGCUUGUAGCGCUGGGUGGCGUAGGAAAGCCUUGCAUCUUCAGCAUCACAGGAGGCAACUGCAAAUGGGAAACAGCAUAGCAAGCCGCCUGCAAUUAAGGCCACAACUGCGUCUGCACUUGGCCUUCUAGCAAUACAAGCCGACUUGUGUACGCCAAUGGAGCAUCACAAGUUUUCUUUUCGAUGUAGGUAGGGGGGAUUUUUCCUUUUGAUAAAAGAAAAAGGACAACUCCGACUCGGACAGUGACUCGGAUUCCGAAAGUAUCCUAUUUAAAAACGUCCCCACGCCAUAGCUGUAAUGCAAAUCUGCAUGCUGAGAAUGUUUCUCAUGCGGAGCCCCAUGAGAAGCAUUUUCUAGUCGUGUUUUGCAAUUUGUCAUGCUCCAAUCAGCAUGGUGUGCUAGAUCUGUGAUGCUGCUGAACUAGCUCAAACAGCACUACAGAACGAAUCCAAAUUUGUCAUGCAAAACAGCCAAAACUUGUGGAUUUGUCUAGCCGAUUCCCCAUCUUGACUAUGGUGUGGGGACGUUUUUACUCAGGAUAGAAAGCGACUCGGAGAGCGACAGUGACGUGGAGGAAUAGUAACUCGUUUUACUUAUUUCUUCGCUUUUUGCAGCUCCUGCGCUUCUACUGGUUCUGACUGCACAGGAGCGGCCACCGCUCCAGUUGUUGCCUUCAGCGAUCGACGAAUGUAUUUAUUAGUGUAGCCCCGUGUAGUUAAUUAUCAUUAUACGAAAGAAUGUACACCAUAAAGUAAAUCUAUCCCAAGCAUAGUGUUGUUGUCAUGCAGCCCAACUACAUGACGGACCCUCGCAUUUUCGAUUUUUUUUCUACUACUAUGGCAGUAGAGCAAAAGCCAGAAGUCUCGGGUUUUUGACCUCCCGAGCUUAUUGUGUACAACGUCUACGACGACCCAUUGUUUUAUACCGAGCUAUUUCAACAUCGCACAGAAACGCCCCUGUGUUUAGUUUUUGGUAUAGUUGUGCUUCAACUAUCGCUUGAUGCUCCCUGUUGCGCUUUUUUUCUCGCUUCAGUGUAGUUUUUUCCCACCAAGCGUGAGUAAUUCGCUAGAAGAUGUGAAUAAUUCGGUAGAAGAUCCUCCUGCUUCUGCCAAUUUUUCUACACAUAGUGUUCAGUACGAUUUGAUGUUGGACACUUAUUUCAAAGAAACCUACCAGUACAAAGGAGAAGAGGAAUUUUUAUCCGACCAUACGAACGACGAAAAAGUAUCGUAAUAAGAAUAACUCAAUCAAAGCACCACGAAUUCGAAGGCGGUGAACAAAAACGUCAACAUUGAGGACGACCGGACAGAUUGACGGCUUCGUCCCGGGCUGCCC